AUGUGCGUAACGCAGAGUCCCUUGCUUCCAUUCAUUAGCAGCGCGCAGGAGGGUGUGUGUAUGAGUGCGUGAGUGUGUGUGUGCGUGAGUGUGACACACGGGAUAAAGAUGAUGAGACUCCUAUAGGACAAGUGAACCUUCUAGAUUGGAUACAUUUCGGGGUCGGACCUGAUCAGCGUGUCUCCAUUAAGCGGACACAUAUCUGUCCAUACCGCCUACAUCUAGAAGAAUAUCUGCGUCUCUCUGUAUGAUGCCGACACAUAUGAGAUUUCGGAGAAGGUCAUUUCUCGGGCUUAUAUUUCUAUUCUCGCUCUCCACUUCGGCACUGUACUUCAUCUAUUCAGCUCCUGGCAUAGUGAAUGAGUACCUGUUCAUGGUCCAGGCACGUGGGAUCCAGAUCCGUGAGAAUGUGAAGUACAUGGGAGCUCAGGUUCUUGAGCAGGUGGUGCGCAGUGCCUACAGCAUCAACAGCACAGACUACACAUAUGAGUUUAACUCGAGCGAGACAGAUGUCCCCAGCACCCCUUACCUCCCGGAGGGCUUCACGUACAAGCCUGACCAGGUCUGCCCGGAGAAACUGCCCUCCAUGAAGGGCAAGAUGAAGGUGAACAUGAGUGAGAUCGCUCUAGAGGAGGUUGAGAGACUUCUCAGGAAGGCAGAUCCAAGUGUGUCGCUCGGGGGCCACUGGAAACCCCACGACUGUCUCCCACGCUGGAAGGUGGCCAUCUUGGUUCCUUUCCGUGAUCGCCAUGAGCACCUUCCCAUACUUUUCCGCCAUCUGAUCCCAGCGCUUCAGAGGCAGAGACUGCAGUUCGGUUUCUACAUCAUUGAACAGGCAGGAAAUGAACCGUUCAAUCGUGCCAUGCUGUUUAAUGUCGGGUUCAAAGAGGCCAUGAAGGACUUGAACUGGGAUUGUGUGAUAUUUCACGAUGUUGACCACAUUCUGGAAAACGACCGCAACUACUAUGGUUGUGGUGAGAUGCCGAGACACUUUGCGGUCAAACUCAACAAGUACUCGUACAUGCUUCCCUAUGAGGAGUUCUUUGGAGGUGUGAGUGGACUCACCGUGGAGCAGUUCAGGAAGAUAAACGGCUUUCCCAAUGCAUUCUGGGGCUGGGGAGGGGAAGACGACGACCUUUGGAACAGGGUUCAGUUUGCUGGCUACAAAGUAAGUCGACCUCGUGGAGACACUGGGCGUUAUAUGUCUAUACCACACCACCACCGCGGGGAAGUCCAGUUUCUGGGCAGAUACAAGUUGCUCCGUAGAUCCAAGGAGAGACAGAGCCUGGACGGCCUGAAUAACUUGAAUUACUCCCCUCUAGUGUCCCGGAGGAGUCUGUACACUAAUGUGUCAGUGUCGCUCAGUCGAGACCUGGCCCCCGUCACCGACUACUGACACACACGACAGACCCACGCCACAUCAUACGACAUCCUUAUGAGUUAUUAUUAGGAAGUUUGGGGGGGGGGAUUCCUUAAAUCGUUUAUGCACUGAGCAUUUUUUUUAUAUUUUUAUUUUAUUUAUUUUUUUUUAUUAUAAUUAUUAUGUUUUUUUGUACGUCAUUUUUUGAGCUAAUCUGACCACAGUUUUGUUUUGUUUGUUGUUUUCCUUUGUCACUGUCCGUCUGUCAUGUGAAAGGGUCUGCUGGUUUAUCCUCAUCAGACCAAUCAGAUCCGACAUGUCUUCUAAUCAGACUUCGCCUGGGGGGGGGGGGGGGCGUCACAUGUUUACAGCAUGAAUGAGAAACGCUAUUGAACAAGUUGAGGACAAUUAUGCUAAACGACUUCAGAAUAGCCAUUGCAGGAGUUGAGGGAUAUGCCCUUUUCUCUGCCAGACACAUGCGCAGCUGGUUCUGUGCGUUAGGAUAGAAACGAAUAAAUGCAGAUUCAAAUAUUUAUUAAAUAUAGCAUAAAUAAGCAUGCACUGAUACUUACGGUAGAUGCUACUAACAUCACGGGUUUAAGUGUGAGUAUUCACUCAUGAAACGUGGAAACGAACACCCUCGAUCAUUUUAGCUGUACAAUACAAACACGCUCAUCUUCCACAGUGCAUACCGUUCAUCACAGAGUUUUCUCGACAUUAGCAUGACCCCAUGAAAUGGCUUGACAAGCACUGUGUCCUUUUCUAUCGUCCACUAAAACAGGAAGUUGGGGCAUAUCAAAGGCAUUGUACCUUUGUAAAUGGCCAGUAGCUUUUAGUUUAUGAUUUGCUACUUGCUAUUUCUAAUGAGGGGCAGGUGGCAUUGAGAGGUGGACAUUCAGUUGAGUUCAUUCAAUUUGGGCCUCAUCUAUGAACAGAUAUUCUCAUUUGUACAGUCAUUUUUAAUCCUAAAAUCUGCUAAAGUGAGUUUUCUCAACUCUUCGGAGUACACCAGCACAUCAGAUCUAAUAGAUGUGGCCCAAAUCCACAAAACGAGGUCUUAAGAGCCGUACAAAACCACCACAAUGCCAACAAAAUUGGGGAUAUGUGUCAUUGGAGCUAGAUUAGGACCAGCUGACUUGUUAGUUUUGAGAUUUGUCAAGCUGUACUUAUGUGGGUCUGCUGGUCGUAUAAAAACACUGGAUUGUCUGUCGAACAAACGCUCUGUUGUUUGUGCUUACAGAGGGAGGUUUUUCCAUUAGUUCCUGCUUGCGUUGUGUAGAUAAGUGUUUCCCAUGCACUGCCCUUCACAGUCAAAUCCACAUGCUUUGCAUUUUGAGCAAUAUCCUGGUGCCUCUCUGCAUGUGUAGUCACCUCACCUCUGAUGACAUUAUAAAAGGCUACUGAGUUUUACUAGAGCAAAUAUUUGACUUUGUUUAAUUCUGAGUGUUAUUGCCAGCUAAUCUCUUGAACUGAAUUCGGAUGAACUGACGGAGCAACUCUAUUAGAGACACUUUGGGCCUCAUUCGUGAAACCACUUGCAUUCAACAACACAUGCAAAUAAUAUAGAGAUAGUUUCCAUUCGUGAAAGCAGGUUAAAUUUCUGUGUUGUCAUUCAUGAAAACAUUAUAGUUAGUUGCAUUGAAAUGAAUGCCACUUAUUUUAUGAACAACUCGCACAGAAAUUGGUCCUGCUUGUGUUUUAUAAUACCGAUGUCCAUGUCAGUCAUUUAUAAACCAUAAGUAAGGCCCUUUGCUUUCAUUCCACUGUAAUAGCACAUUAUCAUGACAUGUGUUUAUGUCGUUUAGAGACCUUAGAGGCUUGGUAAUGCGUAUUCGUGAGCAUGUUCAUGUGCAUUCAUCAAAUCACAGAGGCUGGACCUCGUAUUUGUUCAUUCCUUUUUUUUUUAUUAUUAUUAGUUUUAGUUCGUUUUUACAUAUUCCUAUCUUGUUUUACUGCAAGUGUGAUUAUUUUGAGGGAAACCGAUCAAGAGAGAUAACUGUGAUGUAAAAACAAGCACUGAAAUAUGUUUCUUAUCGUGUACAAUGUGAGGCUGAUCUUGGGAAGAGAGUCUGUUGCUGUUGAACUGAACGGACGGCUGUUUCGGAUGAUGACACGAGAGAAUGAGAAAGUUAGAGAGAGGGUUCUUGAGCGCCCAGUGAACGUAUCCUGUCCUGAUAACCAAAGGUGCUGACCUCACACACAUUAGUACUGUGCUGCCGUGGUACUUCUGUCCUGUAACAGAUAAUUAGACGGGAUUGAAUCUAAUUACACUCUUGCCUCAUUGAGUAUCUCGGCAGCGUAAUCUAUCCCUGUAGCAGGUCAAUUGUGUUUAGCUGGACGUGCGCUCAAGCAGAUCUGUCUAAUGUUUGAUUCUCUCUGUGUCUGACGCUCGUGGAGUUUUGCGCCAAUGUUUGGGGUCCUUUUAUCUCGUUUAACUACUAGCGAUUAAUAUUCUCACACAAUAUGUCCAAGCCCAAUGCAACAUAACAAGAUCCCAGCAUGAUGCCACAAACCAAGUGACCAAUAAAAUGAGCUCUUGCUUGACAAGUUUGGUUUGGAAAAAUAUCUACACUGUGUGUCUGUAAAAACUGGGCACAUUGUAGGAAAUUAAGGAUCUUUUUAUUUUAUAUUAUUAUUAUUCUCUGGAAAAUUUCCAAAGAAGUUUCAGUUUAUUCAACAGGAUUUUUUUUAAAAUGUAUGAUUAAUAUCCAUAAUGAUUUGUUCCUCACUUUAUAAGUGUUAUAUGUUUUUUUUAAUGGAAUCAAAACCUCUUGCUCCCGCUGGGUUAUUUAACUUACAGAUAAGAGAAAACACAACACUGAUCUCAAAUCAGAGAUAAGACAGAACAUCCUACUGGUCCUGUCCGAUCUUCUUUAAGGGCCCCGUCAUUGGCACACUCCAGCCCACUAUAUAACCCGCUCUGCUCCAGAUGAAAUGACAGGGAGGCCGCGAGCCAUCCCUUGAACAACUGGCUGCCUUAAAACCUGCUAAUUUAUUCGAUAUAAUCAUGUUUUAUUUUUUAUAAGCAAAUAUAUUUAAUGUGUUAAUGUGUUUAUUCACUUGUGCAAAUUGUGUAGUGUGUGUUUUUUGGGGGGGGUGGGGGGGGGUCAUAUAAAGGAACUUCAAAGACUGACUUACUGUUAAGAAAGGAUUUGGAGCCCUUAAGUCAGACAAUGAUUUGGUGCCAUUGACCUCUCUGUGAAUGCCAUGAGCGGUACGAGCUGGAUUUAAUAAUCUAUUCACUGCAACAUUUGUUUCCUUUUAAUCAUAACAGGCCUUAAAUACUGUUUUUAUGAUCAUUCGUGAUGAUAAUUAUGACAUUAUCGUGUAUCUUACUUUGUCUGCCAAACACAUUCAAUUUCCAAAUCUUUGCAUCUGGAAAUGAAACAUUCAACAUCAUUUGUAUAUUAUGAAGACAACUGAAAUGUACUGAGAAAAUGAGAUGUUGUCGUCCAUUAGAAGGGGAUCAGGUCUCCUUGAAGUGAAGCCAUCUGCCACUCGUACAAUACGUCUCAGCCUUAGUGUUUCUGUAUGAACAUAUCUUUUAGUAGAGACACUUUCUAUGAUGUGAGAUCUUUUGUUUUUCUAUUAUCAUUGUUGAAAUGACUGAUGUGCACCAAUAAAAGUGACUUUAAGCAA